GUCAACGGAGGACGGAGUGAACAGCUGAGCAGCUCGCAGCGAGCAGGUAAUAUAUACCAAACAACAAACAAAAAAAACACACAUUAGCCUGCAUGUUUCUCUUGGAUAAAAUGAGGUUGUAAGUUUUGAGUUCUUCUUUCAACAAAUAAUGUGAAAGCUAAGAGGACCUAGGAAACAUUUCAUUUUUAUAUAACUCAAGGAUUAAAUCAAGGUGAGCCAACCAUGACUGGCAAAACACAGACCAGCAAUGUCACCAAUAAGAAUGACCCCAAGUCCAUCAACUCCCGUGUUUUCAUCGGCAAUCUAAAUACAGCCAUUGUCAAGAAAGUUGACAUUGAAGCCAUUUUCUCGAAGUAUGGAAAAAUAGUUGGAUGCUCAGUUCACAAAGGCUAUGCAUUUGUACAGUACAUGAGUGAACGACAUGCAAGAGCUGCAGUGGCUGGAGAAAAUGCCAGGAUCAUUGCUGGCCAACCGCUUGAUAUCAACAUGGCAGGAGAACCCAAACCAUACAGACCCAAACCUGGAAACAAAAGACCUCUUUCUGCACUUUAUAGACUCGAGUCAAAGGAGCCUUUCCUGUCUGUUGGUGGUUAUGUCUUUGACUAUGAUUACUACAGAGAAGAUUUCUACAAUCGGUUAUUUGAUUACCAUGGGCGUGUGCCCCCACCCCCCCGUGCAGUGAUUCCACUGAAGCGUCCCAGAGUGGCUGUCACAACGACUCGCAGGGGAAAAGGAGUCUUUUCCAUGAAAGGGGGAUCGAGAUCUACCGUCAGUGGGUCAUCUUCAUCAGGCUCUAAGUUGAAAUCAGAUGAGCUCCAGACAAUCAAGAAAGAAUUAACCCAGAUCAAAACGAAAAUUGACUCCUUGCUAGGGCGCCUGGAGAAAAUUGAGAAGCAGCAGAAGGCGGAGGCAGAAGCUCAGAAGAAGCAAUUGGAAGAGAGUAUAGAGCUGAUCCAAGAUGAAUGUGUGUCAGAGAAUGCAGAUCACUCUACAGAGGAGCCUGCUGAAGGAGGGCCAGAUGCGGAUGGAGAAGAAAUGACUGAUGGGAUAGAGGAGGACUUCGAUGAAGAUGGGGGUCAUGAGCUGUUUCUACAGAUAAAGUGAUCUGAAGCAAUGAAUGAUGCCACAAAAGCAGAAAAGAGAAACUGUGACAACCCCCAGAAAUGUGAAAGGAAGUUUCUUACUGGAUAGCAGCAUCUUUGGUUCACUUUAUAAAAAAAAAAAAUACCCAAAUAAAUAAAAUGGACAGUAUUGUUCAAUUUUAGAAAUUCCAUUUCUUCUAUGUUCUAAGCUAUAUAAUUGUCAGGUUUCUAUGGUUUAGACUGUAAAUGUGUUUUCCCCUUUGCUAAUUAUGUUGUGUUUUUUUAAGUCUUAAAAGUCUUAAAAUGUGAAGGACAUUUAAGAAUGGUAAGGGAGACACUGUAUACAAAUGUAUAUUUGUAAAAGCUAUUUUUAUGAUUAGCAUGUUUUACUGUUGAUCAUAUAUAAAGUCAGGUGAUAUUGCAAUUCUAUGUUUAAAGCUUAUUUCCAACAAUGUCACGUAAGAAAAGAUACAUCGUAAGCUAGUUUUUAUAAUUUAUUUUUAAUUUAUAGUUUAAAGUACUUCAGAUCAUAAUGAUAAAAUACUUGAAAAUGUUAUAUUUCUGCCCUCCAUAAGCACCAUUUUUAUUAAUAAAGAAUGCAAAUAUUUCAGAUGUGAUUCCAUAGCUAAAGGACUCUGUUGCUUGGACCUGUGAUUAAAUUGAGCAUUCUCUACUCAACUGAAAUGAUCCAACUAUUACCCAGUACUUCAGUCUGGGUAGGAGAUCCCAUGGACAGGUUUUAGUGCCAAUAAAGGUGAAAACUAUAUUGGCAAGGAAAGAUUGUCUUGUCUUUGGUUCCAAAAAUUUAAAUAGUGCUUAUAUCACUUCAUCUCCUAUUACUACGAACGCUCCAUUCCCAGGCAUUGCAAGUGUUUUCCAGAUGCUCUUUGCUGUUGUCUUGUGCUGUGGAAAUGGAGGAAACCAUCUUCACAGACUGUAGGAGA